AUGAAUUUGGGUAUAUUUAACAGAGUCAACCUGAAGGAGUGUGACGGAGGUGGAAUGUACUCUGAAUGGGCUUCUCUGACCAAUGUUGUCAGAAACGAAUCAAGUGAUAGAGAGAGUGUUUUAUCCAAAUUCCCAACAGAAACAGGUAAAGAAGUUGCCUUAUCUGUUGUCAAACAGCUGAUAUCGAAUAUCGGUAUCACUCAAGCUCCAGGGCCUAGUCCACUUGCAACAGACAGAGAUGUUUUGUGGUGUAUGGAGGUUAUUUGCUAUGGUCUAAGCCUUCCUCUGGUUGAACAUGAUGUCAUACGUGAUUGUGUUCACAUUUAUUGUGAUUGGCUUAGUGUUUUACAUCCUAUACCGAAUGUUAGUGUGCCGAAACCACUAUUGGACGAUCCCAAUCUUUACUCGCGAAAGAUGAUUGCCCAUCUUCACAAUCUUUUCAUACCAAGAAAAGGAGAAGUCUGGCCUUUCCUGUAUUCGGACUUGGGAGCUGAUACAAUACGUAGACAAGCUGUUCUAUGCCAUCGUGUACUAAGAACACUACAGCUUGUUUCUCAAACCUCUACAAUUAUGACACAUGAAACAUGGGAAGCCCUUCUGAUUUUUAUGCUCGCUAUUAAUGAAACACUAUUAGCAACACCGACAAUUAAAGAUGAUGUUGGAGACCAGUUAUGUGAACGAGUGCUAAGCGUACUUUUUGAAGUUUGGCUUCUUGCUUGUGCUAAGUGUUUUCCAUCUCCUCCAUUAUGGAGAACUUUGCGUGAAAUGGCUGUAUCUUGGAGACAUCGGACAGCACUCAUUGUACAGUGGUCACGCCUUAAUCUAGCUUUGACGCAUAGAAUAAUAGCUUUUAUGUGUCCUUCUGACUUUCCAAAACAUCAAUCAGGCGAAUUAGAGUAUCAAGUACCUAGUGAACUGAGUAACGAUGCAGUUGCACAAGCUUGGUUUCGAUUUUUACAUACGCUCGGAUCACCUGUAGAUCUCACUCGGCCACAAGUGAUUUCCCAGACUCCAAAAUUUCUUCAGUAUGCAAUGGUCUCUGAUGCAGAUCCAUCUUCUCAUCCUUGUCUAAAUGCACUUCCUACUAAUUUCUUGAUUGCGAUAAAGGGUAUAUCAAUGUUGGUUGAUGCCUUUCUGGGUAUUAUGAGUGAGCCUUUAGUAUUGCCGAACAUUGAAGAAGAUAUUAAAAAAGAAACUCCUACACCUCCUCCCCAUCGGAGGCCAGCUAAAAGUUUUAGUGUUUCAUCUGUUGCACAAAAAGCGGCUGGUUCAUCGAAAAGUGCUCUCAUUGGCCUAAGUGGAAGGGCAAUGAGUACUUCCUCAAGUUCCUCUUCUACAAGUACUACUCCCAUGACAUCCGUAAGUGGGUCUUGGGAAGUUUCUACAGUCUCCCAACCUCUUGCUCCUGGAAGGCCAAGGUGUAACAGCCUCCUCCACCUCUUCGGCGAGUGGCUGUUCGAAGCGGCUCAAGCAGGAACUGCCCUUUACGCCAACCCUAACUUAUCACGGGAAGGAGUUGGUCGGAGGAGUGGAUCUGUUGGUAGCAACCCUCCAGAACCUCCUGAAGACAAUAGCAGAUACCAAGCUGGAAGAGCGAUGGCUUUAGCUACUCUAUGUAGGAUAUUUUGUUCGAAGAAAACUGGAGAAGAAAUACUUCCUGUCUACUAUGCGCGAUUUUAUCUUGUUUUGCUGCAUGGCCUUAAGAUGAACGAGAGAAGAGAAGUGGAGGAACCUCUGGCCAGUAUAUUGCUCAACUGCUUUGACUUGCUGAGGCUAGAUUUAGAUGGCAUACAGAUCAUGGUUCCACAUAUUUUGGAAGCAUUGGAGAGAGUACUUCCUGACCAAGACCUUGUUCUAAAAUCCACUUCAGUUUCAAUGACUGAACUUAGAAGAGCAUCUAUUCAUCUCCUUCUGUCAAUGCUCGCAUUGCCACUUCAUUUCUCAAAUCUUGUUAUCAAAGAGCUCAUCAGUGGUGGAACAGAUCGUCCGCAAAUUACAUUUGGGCAACUGAAAUCAAGGAUUAUGAAUCUACUUAUUAACGCUCUUCAAGUAGAAACAGAUCCUCAUAAUACUCAUUUACUUUUAGGUGGACUGUUGGUAAUGGUACAAGAUACAGCAGCUGUCGAAAAGAUUCAGAACGAAGACGUAUUUCAGUAUCCAAUGGCAGCAUCAACUCAUGCUGCAGAUACAGCAAAUAGUUUAUUUAUAAGAGCAACGUAUCUUGUUUGCCAUCGUCUAAUUUCUUCUUGGAAGAGUGAUCUGAGUAUUUCGCUAGCUGCUUUGGAGCUUCUGUGUGGCCUCGCUAACACUGGAAUAAAAGGAAUAGAAAGAGUUGAAUGGGAGAGAGGGAUGAAAUGGGUCUGCGAUUACAUAGUCUACCAGGCUUGGCGCCCUCCACAGUCUCAUUCCAAGGACCUGCACUCCUCGAUAGUCGCAGCCUUCACAACGGUCAGUGCUUGGAUUUUAUCACAGCCAACACUUCUUCAAAAUAGAAACUGUCUCUAUAACGUUUUAGAAGUAAUAGAGCUCGGCAUAUCUGGUUCAAAGUCACAGGGUAAGAGAAGAGAUGAACCAAUUAGGAUGAAAGAUGAAAAAGAACUGAAACCCGUUUCGAUGAGGGUGAGAGAUGCCGCAGAAGCUCUUCUUACGAUCGUCCUGGAGCAUGCUGGUUACUUCCCGACACCGUGCGGGCCCGAGUCUGUUUCUAGUCUAGUCGAUGAAUCAGUCCUCUUAAAAUAUAGUCAUGCUGAUGCCACGUCUUUCAAGUAUUUCAUACUUUAUAACAAUAUACUUCUAUGUCUUCUUGAUGAUCCGUUAGGAAAUAAUGAAGAGCCACAACCAGUUGUAAAUGUAAUACUCAGGGGAGGAUUUGGAAGGCAUACUUGGGCUUUUCAACUUAGACAACUUCCUAGGCAUCGAUCGACGACGAGGGGGAGAUAUCAAGAAGGUCCUGGAAGGCCAGUAUGUAUCAAUCCUCCACCACCUCCUUCACAUGGUCCACGAGCAUAUUUUCCUGACUUCAGAGGAAGAAUACCUCAAUGCAUGGCAGAAAGGAGCAUUCCAGAACUUGAUGGAGACUGUGACAUUAUGUCCCGGUUAGUAAUGGAAAGAGGGGAAGCUGAAGCUGCGAUAAACAUCUCCAACGAUCCACCUGAAGAAUGUGUCCCUCCAAAGCUCUGUGACGAGUUUCAGACCACCAGGCUCUUUUUGUCUCAUUUUGGUUUUCUCACUAAACUGGAAAAUGGGAAGACUUCAAUUAUUGCUUUGGACUCUAAAAAAGAAGGUUUCCUGAAAGAUGUCGAAGUCUUGGAUAAGAUGGAACCAAGAACGAGUGAUACAUGCCACAUUUUUUAUGUAAAAUCGGGGCAGUCCCAUUACCAGGACAUUCUGGCUAAUGUUGAAGAUCCAACUAAAGUCUCAGCUCAUUUUCCCCAAGUACUGAAUUCUCUCGGUUGGCCGUUACAUUCUUCUUCUCUCGCCGCCAAGGAUGAAAAGUUAAAAGCUGCGCAGAAUGAAAAGAAUCCGUUCCCAACGUUAUAUUGGGCGGAUCCGAUGUCCCAAGUUACGUUCAUUAUUCCUACCAGGCAACCGGUUCCGGUAACUAGGCACCAGCAUUCAGGCCAUGAAGAAAAAGGGAAAAGACAAUUAACAACAUACCCAGUAUUUGUCGUUUGGUUGGAGAGUUUAGAAGACCAUUUAAAUUUCCCAUUAGAUGAGAUGAUGCCGCACACUGGCCACGGUCAAGAAAGCCUUUCGUUACAGCAUUGUACUAUUAUAUUUAUUCAUGCUCUGCAGAGUGGGCUUUUUAGGGUCAAAGUGAGACCUUCUACCACAAGGCCAUGCGUUGCCACGCCUCUAGUCGACGGUAUAGUAGUGAGUCGGUUGAAGGUUGGAGAUUUUGUGAGGCAGACAGUACUUAACAUAUGUCGUAGGAAACGUCUAGAUAAUGAAAGCUAUCAGCCACCUCAUACAAGAAGGAGAUUAAAGAUUCAAGAAAUCGCUACGAAGUACGAAUCUGCUGAAUCGAGGGCACAACUUCUUACUAACCUCUUUCUUUAAGUUUUAUUAUUAUUGUUAUUUUUAAUCCUUGUUAAACGGAAUCAUUCUUAGAAAUUUAUCGUUGCGACUGAUGAUUUAACUUCUAAGAAUACAGAGAGGGCAAAUGUACUUAAAUGAGUGUAAAUCAAAUCGACGGAACUCUUUCAACGUUCACGUCUAACAUCUCAACGGCAGGUCAUUUAUCUGCUAUCAUUAUUUAUUUUCAUAACAAUGCCAAAAUCUUACAUUCCUCAUUAGCUUUUUACAAUUAAAAAAAGUUUGUGAUAUUCAUAGUAUUAGUAGGUUAAUUUAGAAAACCGAGAAGCGUUUGUUUCUUACCACUUGUGAGUAUUUACAUGUAUAUAGAACAAGCAAUUAUUUAAUUUUAUUUAUUUAAAUUAGAUAUGGAUAUAGAUUAUAUAAAUAUUAAAUAAAUAAAGAAUAAAUAUUAUAUUAAAUAAAAAAAAAGAAAAUUAUAUUAAAUAACUACUUGUUAAAAAAAGAAAAAAAUUUACAAAAACGUUUUGUAACCACAUGUGUACAUUUUAAAAAAUAUAUUCGUAAAUCUGAUACAUAAUUUAAAUAAUUAUGUCGUCUUCGUAAUUUUUAUAUUCUGCACCUAUUUGUCUAUAUUAACAUAUUUCUAUUUCAAAAUUAAUAUAACAAUAUUUUUUCUAAAUAUGUUUAUAACUGUAUAUGUGAAAGCUAUUUUACUGAAUGACAUUUGUCAAAAAAUGACAGAUUUAAGUGGUGUACAGUAAAAUGAAUUCAUGGUCGCUCAUUUUUAAUUAUUGUAACAUAUUCGUUUAUCUAAAAAUGAAAAGAAUCUGUAAUUCAAAUAUUUUGAAGUUAUAUUUUAUUAAAC